GAUCCAAAGUGGUUUCCCGCGGGCGUGGCAGGAGCCCGAUGGUGACGGGGACGUCGGUGCUGGGGCUGAAGUUCUCCGGGGGCGUGAUCCUGGCCGCGGACACGGUGGGAUCCUACGGAUCCCUGGCGCGAUUCCGGGGAAUCUCCCGGCUCCUCAAGGUCAACGACUCCACCGUGCUGGGAGCCUCCGGAGAUCUGGCGGAUUUCCAGCACCUGCGGCAGCUCCUGGAGCAGAUGGUGAUCGACGAGGAGCUGCUGGGGGAUGGGCACAGCUACAGCCCCCGGGCUCUUCACUCGUGGCUCACUCGGGUCCUCUACAACCGGCGCUCCAAGAUCAAUCCCCUCUGGAAUUCCGUGCUCAUCGCCGGCGUCUACGGCGGGGAGAGCUGGGCUGGUGGUGUUUUCCAGGGAAAUUGUGGUUUUUUCUACGAGGUUGCCGUGGUGACGGAGAAGGGGGUGGAGCUGGAGGGACCCCUGACCCUGGAGGCCAACUGGGACAUCGCCCACGCCGUCAGCGGUUUCGAGUGAUCUCCGGGAGCUGCUCCGGCCUCAGCCCGUCCACCUCAAAUCCCGGCUUUCGUCCCAUCCCUUUUUUCCCCUCGGGAAGGGCCAAUCCAGCUUUUUUUGGGAAUAAAAUCCAGCGUUUCCAGACCCA